AUGAAAAGAGUAACAAGAUCUCCGCAAAAGAACGAGAAUGAAUCCCCAGUUAAGCGUGUCAAACCAAAUUCUCCUUGUAAGCAGGAGAAAUGUUUAACAAUCCAAAGCCCGCGAAAGAGAUAUGAACGAUUUAUAGUCAAAGAAGUAAACUAUGACUAUUAUCUGGGUGCGGGCGAGGAUAAUUGGCUAAUGGCUAAGAUCCUUCAUUUACUGAACGAGCAAGAUAAAUCAGAACGCCAUGUUCAUUUGCGCGAUGACUGGGUGGACAGCACAGUAAACGUUGGCGACUAUGUUCACGUAAUUGGCAGCUUUGAUGAGCAAUCCAAGAGCUGCAUUAUAGACAAGGACCAUAAUUUGAUUAUAGUGAAUCCAGAUUAUUUAUGUUCGGCGACGCAAGUCUCCGAUAGUACAUCGUGUAUGAGAAAGGCUGUCCUGGAGGAACGAGCAAAAAUGGGCAGUCCUUGGAGUCCAUCCGCUGUAUUUGGAAACAUGCUCCAUGAACUGCUGCAGACAUGUCUGGAGAAUGAUAAUUUUACAUACGAGUUUUUGCAAGUGUCAAUGCUGAACCAGAUUGCCAAGUCUACUGAACAGCUGUUUUGUGCCGGCGUAGAUGAAGAGACAGCGAAAGCGGAAUUGGAAGCUAUUAUUCCAAGGUAUAUUUCCUGGAGCGAGAAAUUUGUUGCCGCAACUCCGCAGUCAGGUGCGACUAUAAAUCCGCAUCGUGCAUCAUCGGCUGACAAUACAAUUCUCUGCAUAAACAAAAUCCUCGAUAUUGAAGAACACGUUUGGUCGCCAAUGUAUGGACUAAAGGGGAUGAUCGAUGCGUCUAUCCAAGCUGAGAUUAUCCAAAAUAACAAAUCAACAAGAUUAGUACUGCCGUUUGAAUUGAAGACGACACGUACUUCCACCGUUGCGUAUCAUCAUGCUCAGACAAUAUACUACACGCUGUUGAUGAAUGACCGUUAUGAUGUCAAUGUGAAGUUGGGUUUGCUAUACUACGUUCGAGAAGCCGAAGAUGGAGAAAUGCGCGUUGUUCCUGUUCGGCGCCACGAAUUAGUUCAUUUGAUUAUCCAACGAAACGAGAUGGCGGCAUACGUUUCGAAUAGAAAUAGACUUCCACCGAUGAUUCAGAAUUCAUAUAAAUGUGGCAAAUGUUUUGCCAAAGACUUGUGUUUUGUUUAUCACAAGGCACGUAUUAAUUUGAAGCGCGUCAUACAUGCAUUUGAAAAUGGGAAUGGAGAGACAAGUGGAUUAGGACAACUUUUUGACAACGCGACUGCCCACAUGACAGAGAACCGGUCGGAUUUCUUUGUCAAAUGGGAAAAGUUGAUAUCGGCGGAAGAAACUGACAUGAUUAGAUUUCGAAAAGAAAUAUGGUCUAUGCUGGCGAAUGAACGCGAGUUUUAUGGAAGAUGCCUGAGCAAUAUGAAAUUAGACCCCGAUAGCGUCGAAGACAAUGGCAGAGGUGCAGGAUCGCGUCGAUACAAGUGUCGCUUCUGGCGUCACAAUUCAGAUGAUAGGCCUAUCGGAUUAGGACAUUUUGCUGUCGGUGAUCCAAUAGUCGUCUCAUCUCAAGAUGGUCAUUAUGCACUAGCAAUUGGAUUUGUGUAUGAGACGCAUUCCGAUAGCAUAUUGGUCGAUAUAGACCGUAAACUUCGCGGUAUUCCAAAGCGUUGUCCUGAUUUCGACGAAGACACUCACCAAAAUUUUGAGGGUGUCCGAGUAAUUAAGAGAAAAAGUCAACCGUUUUCACGUCUUGGGCAGCAAAAUGGUGUCAUGACGUUAAGGAUAUCUGGUAGAGAUGACCAGAAGAUAAGAGAUAACCAACACGAGACAUUGUACAGGAUCGACAAAGACGAGAUGUCGUCGGGCAUGAGCUUGGUGAGAGAGAAUCUCGUAAAGCUCAUGAUGACUGAGACUGAAGAAAGGCAUCGACAGCUUAUUGUGGAUAUGCUUGCGCCAGAGUUUCACGCCAAGAGCUGUUAUAAUGAGUCGGAUAUCAGCGAUGAUUGUUUAAACGUUGAUCAAAAGCAAGCAGUUGAUAAAGUUCUAAGAGCUAAAGAUUAUCUGCUCAUUCUCGGAAUGCCUGGAUCUGGAAAGACUACGACUGUUGCGCAUAUCGUAAAGACACUAGUAGCACUGGGGAAGACUGUGCUUUUGACAUCUUAUACCCAUACGGCUGUUGACAACAUACUAUUGAAACUGCAUGACAGUAACAGCAAUAUCGACAUUCUGAGACUCGGAUCUCGCGACAAGGUUCAUCCCGGCGUACGCAAAUACACGCUAAAUCAAGAUGGCAGCAUCGAGCACGUUGACGAACUUGCUGAAUUCGUGAUGUCCAAACCUGUAGUUGCAACGACAUGCUUGGGAAUAAAUCAUUGGCUGUUUCAUAAGCGUAGAUUUGAUUAUUGUAUAGUCGAUGAGGCGUCACAAAUCACCUUACCUGCCUGUCUGGGACCAUUGAGGCACGCAGAUAUGUUUGUUCUUGUGGGUGAUCAUUAUCAACUACCUCCACUGGUGCGCAAUUCUGAUGCGCGGAAGAAGGGUAUGAGCGUCAGUUUGUUCAAAACGCUCUCCGAGGCGCAUCCCGAAGCAGUGGUGAAUCUACAACAUCAGUAUCGAAUGAACAAAGACAUUAUGUUGUUGUCUAACCAACUAAUAUAUGAUAACAAGUUACGAUGCGGAUCUCCUGAAGUUGCUGACAGAUGUUUAAAUGUACCCCACAUUAAAAAGGUUGACGACUUUCACGCGGCUGACAAUGAACAAUUGUUAUGCGAUGGACAAAAGUGCUGGCUAAGGCAAUUGGUUUCACCAGAACGCAGAGCUGUCUUUGUCGAUACCGAUAGCGUUCCCGCUUUCGAUUCGCGUGCGGGUGAUGUAGUGCAGAAUGAAAUUGAAGCACAACUUGUCUAUCAGGUUACAACAGCGUUACUCGCGUGUGGUGUUGAGGAAUCUUCUAUUGGUAUUAUAUCUGUCUAUCGAUCGCAACUCAGAUUGUUGUCUCAACUUCUCAGAGGUUAUUCGCAGCUCGAAAUAUCAACAGUUGAUAAAUAUCAAGGACGGGAUAAAGAGUGCAUCUUGGUGUCUCUUGUGCGAUCUAAUGAGAAACAGGCUGUGGGAGAAUUACUUCGAGAUUGGCGUCGUAUAAAUGUUGCAUUUACAAGGGCUCAGAGUAAACUCGUUAUUUUUGGUUCGAGAUCAACUUUAGCAAUCACGCCUAUCUUUAGUCAAUUCUUGACAUUAAUGGAUAAAAAUAAUUGGAUUUACGUUCUACCUAAAGACGCCCACAAGAUGCACGUGAUGGCUAGGACGACACAUUCCAAAGGAAAACAGCUCGAAAAUCAGGGUGGCGAGGGAAAGUCGCCUCGGAAAAUAGUCAAGGGUGCUGGUAGGGCUAUCCUCAAAGAUCGGAAGAUACUAAGAGAUGUGUCUAAUGGCCUUCUGUAA